GUAAUUUAUCAUCACUCCCAAGUAAGUAAUCAUUCCCUCACUUGAUCACAUCAACUUGAUUGGAGACGCACCAUCAGUAUCAUACACCUCCGCGCACCAUACCUCAAAAUUCAAAUCUUAUUCUCCUCAGAAUAAAUAGGUUUUUCGAGUUGGUUUUAAUUUUAGGGUUUAAGCAUUUGUUUUCUUCGUUCCGCUCAUUUCUCGUCUCUUGUAUUCUGCUGUCACCAUGUGGGCUCUUCGUCGAACUUCGAUUGGUCUCACCCUAAGAAGCCAAGAGCUUUAUAAUGUUGGAACUUUUCGUGUCCAAUUAAUGCCAAAUACUUUGGUGGAAUAUGAAGAUGCAGCUCCUGAUUCUCAUCAAAUGAAGCAUGAUAGAUUUCUGUCCACGGGCCACACAUUUUACCGCACAGGUCAUGCUUCUCCGAAAUUUACAGUAAGUAGGCGUGAACUUUCGUCACAAGCUGAUGCUAGUUGCACGAAAGAUGAUGAUAAUGAUGAAGAGAUGGAGAUGGAAGAUCCGUUGAUUGAACUGGAGGUAGACGGAGAUAGAGAUAGUGUUGAGUCUCAAACAGAUCUGUUUGAAGGUGACAAGGAUGGUGGGAAACAGCAUAAUGAGCUGGAGUUGUCGGAUACUGAAAGUGAUCUAGAUGCGAAAAAUUCAGAGAGUAGAAACAAGAGAUCAGAAUUAUUCAAGGCAGUUGUAAAUGGUCCCGUUGAUUCUGCUCUGAACAAGUGGGUUGAAAAAGGUAAAGAAUUAAGCAGGCAAGAGAUCACAUUGGCCUUGCUUAAUCUUCGAAAGCGGAAAAUGUAUGGAAGGGCCCUGCAGGUCCUUGAGUGGCUAGAAUCAAAUAAAAAGCUUGAAUUUACUGAGAAAGACUAUGCUUCUAAACUUAAUUUGAUUGCCAAAUCACAUGGCCUAUCAAAGGCAGAAAAUUACAUCAAUCGUGUUCCAAAUUCUUUCAGAGGAGAAUUAUUAUACAGAACAUUACUAGCUAACUCUGCUAGUCUGAACAAUUUGAGGAAAACUGAGGAUAUAUUCAACAAAAUGAGGAAGUUAAAUCUUCCUGUUACACCCUUUGCUUGUAACCAGUUGCUUCUUAUUUAUAAAAGGAUUGACAAGAAGAAAAUAGCUGACGUGUUACUUAUGAUGGAAAAGGAGAAUGUCAUACCUUCUCCUUUUACUUAUAAAAUUUUAAUAGACGUGAAGGGCAUGUCCAAUGACAUUGAUGGAAUGGAUCAAAUAGUUGAGACAAUGAAGGCACAAGGUGUUGAACUAGACCAUCAAACACAGGCAUCCUUGGCUAGGCAUUAUGCCUCAGCCGGGCUUAAGGAAAAAACUGAAGCCUUAUUGAAGGAGAUUGAAGGUGAAAACUUGAAAGAGAAUAUUAGGGUAAUCCCAACUUUGCUUCGCCUUUAUGCAAUUCUGGGAAGGGUCGACGAAGUGGAGAGAAUUUGGAAGGUUUGUGAGUCAAGGCCUCCUCGGAUAGAGGAUUGCCUUGCUGCUGUUGAAGCUUGGGGAAAGUUGAAGAAAAUUGAAGAAGCAGAGGCAGUUUUUGAGAUGAUGUCAAAUAAAUGGAAGCUUUCCGCUAAGAACUACUCAAUACUCCUCAGCAUUUAUACAAGGCUUAAGUUGCUAAACAAGGGCAAGGAUCUUAUUAAGAAAAUGGGAGAUAGUGGAUGCAUAAUAGGUCCAUUGACCUGGGAUGCUCUUGUGUCACUUUAUAUUCAUGCAGGGGAAAUUGAAAAGGCAGACUCUGUUUUGCAGAAGGCAAUGCAGCAGAAUAAGAUGAAGCCAUUAUUUACUACUUAUAUGACUAUUAUGGAGCAGUAUGCAAAGAGGGGUGAUGUCCAUAAUACAGAGAAGAUUUUCUAUAGAUUGAGACAAUCUGGUUAUGUUUCUAGAAUAUCUCCUUUCCAUGUUCUAACACAGGCUUAUUUAAACGCCAAACUACCGGCAUAUGGAAUCAGGGAGAGGAUGAAAGCUGAUGAUCUAUUUCCCAACAAAGCUUUGGCUGAACAGUUGGUUCUAUUAGAUCCAUUUAGGAAAUCUCCAGUUUCAGAUUUGCUUGAUUGAGGAAACUAGUAUAUUCUAUCUUGUGCUUGUACUUUUCAAAUGAAACUAUUAUUUGUUAGUUUUAUGGUAAGAUUGAACUUCCCAAAUUCUAAUAUGUUAUCCUUUACUUAUUACUGCGUACAUAGGUUAUGUGGUUCUAUGGGGUCCAUUUGUUAAGAGUAGAUAUUCUCUCAAAAGAAAUGGGGAGCUUUGUUAUAUAAUCUUCAUUCUAGAAAUGUAUGCUGCUAUACCUCAAA